AUGUUUGAUAAAUUUGGACUUUUAGAGCCUUACCGGCCAUAAUCUGAAAUCAUUUCAAUUAACAACAAUUCAAUCUGGCUUGGUGAUUAUUCAGCUGCAUUAGAUAUAGUUAAUUUAAAAGUUAAUAAUAUAAAAAGCGUAUUGUCAAUUAUUCAUUCAAUGGAUGUUAAAUAUAAAGAAGUCAAUCAUAAGAUAAUUAAUAUCAAAGACAAACCAGAUAUUGAUAUAUUCUAAUAUUUUGAAUUAACAAAUGAAUUUAUUGAAUAGGCAUUAUAGUAAGGAUCAAUAUUAGUUCAUUGUUCAAUGGGUAUUAGUCGUUCACCUGCAAUUGUUAUUGCAUAUAUAAUGAUGAAAUUUAAAUAUCCUUUUUCUAAAGCCUAUCAUAUUGUUAGAAAAAAGAGACCAAUAAUAUGCCCAAAUUUUGGAUUCUCAUUCUAAUUAAAACAAUAUGAAAGGAUUUGUAUUCAACCUAAAAUAAUGCCAGAAGUAGUUUAUAAAGAAUUUAAAUGUCCUCCAAUUUAAUAAUUUAGAAGUAUCAGUUUAAGACAUUAACCAUAAUAAUAAUUUAUUAACUCUUAAAGGUAGAAUGAACAACAAUAGUAAUAAUGCAAUACAAAUAGUUCAUAAAGUGCAAAUUCAGAAAGGAAAACAAUUCAUUAAAAAAUAAAAUAAAAGGGAAGAAAGUUACCUAAACUUCAACCUUAAAUUAAUUUUGUUUCCUACAAUAUGAUUAAAGAAUUUGCAGAGAAACUAAAGACUUCAAGAUUAAAUUAAAUAAAAUGCAAUUGA